AAAUAGGAAAAUGCAACGUUAUGUCUAUUUUAUUUAUCUAGCGAUUGCAAGUGUUACCGUGUUUGUGUAUCUCUAUUCCGAAAUCAAGACAAGAAAUCAGUUCUACUAUAUGUAUGAAAACAGGGAUGAAAGUUUCGUCAAGGAAAAGAGAACAAUUAAACUCCAAACAAAGUACCCCCUGACUUUACAAGGAGAAUAUAUCAUCAACAACAAAAGUGUGUGUCGCAAUACUAAGAAGGUAUCGGUACUCGUUAUGGUACAUACCGCCGUGGAGCAUUUCGGUACAAGGUCCGAGAUGAGGACAACGUGGCUCAAUAUAACCCGGUACAGACCGGAAGUGAUUCGUGUGAUAUUUCUUGUUGGAACAACCUUAAGGAAAACCAGUCAAGAAAAGCUGGAAGAAGAGAACGCUUUACACCACGAUAUUAUUCAAGGUGAUUUUAAGGAUACCUACAGGAACUUAACUAACAAAGGCGUGAUGGGAUUACGAUGGGUAACGGAGAACUGCAUGAACGCAGAAGUCAUCGUAAAAAUUGAUGACGAUUCUGUCAUUAACUUUUUCAAGUUCUUCGAAAACUUUUCGUAUUUGAGAAAAAGAAAAAGAUUUCUUUUCUGUCACGUGAUGCCGAGAAACGCUGUGAGGAUUGAACGUGACAAGAGAAACAAGUGGUUCGUGAGCGACAGAUUUCUGAAGGGAUUUAAAUUAUACCCGUAUACAUACUGCAGUGGAUUUGCUGUUUUCAUUUCCAAAGACUUAAUUCCGGCAUUGUACAAGGCCGCCAUGACAGUUCCUUUCUUCUGGGUGGAUGACGUGUAUCUUUUCGGAAUUCUGCCUUCUCGUCUGAAAAACGUAGUGUAUACCAAUAUGGCUAGAAACAUGACCAUUAACCCUUACAGAGCUCUUGACUGUUAUAGACGAUUAAAGAGCAAAUGUAAUUAUCUUGCCAUGCAGGCGAAGGGUGUUCAGAUACGUAACCUAUGGAACUUAAUCGAACAAGAAUAAAUACAACUGGAUGAAACGUUAAAAAAAUAUUCAAAUUGUAAAGCAGUAAAGUAGACUUGAUCAAUACAUCGUAUUUCCAAUAUAUAAAAAGUAUAGCGUGAAAUAUUCCCUGAUAGUACCUACAUUUCGCGCAGUCUUCCAAU